GGCGGACGCCACACUUGAAGAGGGGGCGGGAGGCGCCGGCGGCGGCGGCGCUGUCAUGGAGUUAGCGCAGGAAGCGCGGGAACUGAGUUGCUGGGCGGCCAAAGAGAUGGAGGUUCCUGUGGCGGCCCGGGCCUCGGAGUCGACGCUGCGCAGGCUGUGUUUGGGCCAGGGGGCCGACAUCUGGGCCUACGUCUUGCGGCAUGUACACAACCAGAGGAAUGUCAAGAAGAUCCGGGGAAACCUACUCUGGUAUGGCCACCAGGACAGUCCAGAGGCCCGUCGGAAGUUGGAGCUGGAAGCUGCUGUUGCCCGCCUGCGGGCAGAGAUCCUGGAGUUAGACCAGAGCCUGGAGCUGAUGGAGCGAGAGACUGAGGCUCAGGGUGACCCAUGGGGCUGGACAGAUGGGCAGCAGAAUAGGGUUAGGGAAGGUACUGAUGGCCACCUCUGUUCCUCUCACAGACAUGGCCAUGGAACAGGCCCUACAGAGCAUGCAAGACACCCAGCGUCGCGCUCUCCUCCUCCGGGCUCAAGCUGGGGCCAUGCGAAGACAGCAGCGGGGGCUCCAAGUUCCCAUGCAGCGACUGCAGAAUCAGCUCAAGCGCUUGCAGGAUAUAGAGAGGCCAAAGUGGAUGUAAACUUUGGACCCUUGACGUCAGCAGCCCUGGGCCUGGAGCCUGUGGUCCUGGGGGAUGUCCGAACAGCCUGCAGCCUCCGGACCCAGUUCCUGCAGAACCUCCUGAUUCCCCAGGCCAAGGCAGGCAGCAUUCCAAUCCCUCGAGAUGACCACUUUGGAACUUCCUACCAGCAGUGGCUUAGCUCAGUAGAGACACUGCUGACAAACCACCCCCCGGGCCAUGUCCUGGCUGCCUUGGAGCACCUGGCUGCAGAGCGAGAGGCAGAGAUCCGGUCCCUGUGCAGUCUGGAUGGGCUUCAAGAUACGGAGACAGCCAGGUCCCAGGCACCAGACCAGUCAGACUCCAGCCAGGCCCUGCCAUCCAUGGUGCAUCUCAUCCAGGAGGGCUGGCAGUCUGUGGGUGUGCUGGUCACCCAGCGGGGCCCUCUUCUGAAGGAGCAUCAGAUUCUGACCCGGCGCCUCCGGGGCCUGAUGGAGGAGAUGGAGAGAUGUACCUUGGAAUCCAGCGAGAGGCAGGCAUUGGUACUGGGGCUCCGGGGCUGUGCCUUGUGGGCAGAGCUCAAGGCCCUGCGUGCCUUGAGCCAGGAGCUGGAGGAGGCUGCGGGGCGGCGACAGCUUCUGCUCCAGGAGCUACAAGCCAAACAGCAACGGAUCCUGCACUGGCGCCAGCUGGUGGAGGAAACACAGGAACAGGUGCGCCUGCUCAUCAAGAGUAACUCAGCCAGCAAGACGCGCCUGUGCCGGAGCCCCGGGGAGGUGCUGGCUUUGGUUCAGCGAAAAGUAGUCCCCACAUCUGAGGCUGUGGCACCCCAGAGCCAGGAGCUGCUUCGGUGUCUGGAGGAGGAAGCCCAGCAUCUGCCCCAUCUUGUGCUGGGCACCCUGCUGCGGCACAGCCCCGGAGGGUUGCAGCCCCUGCCUACCAUCCUCCCAUCCAUCCACCAGCUGCAUCCUGCUUCCCCAAAGGGCUCCAGCCUCAUAAUGCUGAGCCACAAGCUGGGGCUGCCUACAGGGAAGGCUCCAGAACUGCUCCUCCCAAAGGCUGCCUCUCUUCGCCAGGACCUUCUGUUUCUCCAGGAUCAGCAGAGUCUCCGGUGCUGGUAUCUGCUCCACAUGAAGACCAGCCUGCCACCAGGACCAUCCACCCAGGAGCUCCUGCAGAUCCGGGCAUCCCAGGAGAAGGAGCAGAAGGAGAACCUGGGGCAGACUCUGAAGCGGCUGGAGAACUUGCUGAAACAAGCGCUGGAGCGAAUCCCUGAGCUGCAGGGCGUUGUUGGGGACUGGUGGGAGCAGCCGGGACAAGCCGCCCUCUCCGGGGAGCUCUGCCAAGGCCUGUCCCUGUCCCAGUGGCGGCUGCGCUGGGUCCAGGCCCAAGGCGCCCUGCAGCAGCUGUGCAGGUGAAGAGAUGGCUCAAAAAGAAGUCAAGAGCUUCACAUUUGUUCACACCAACACUUCACUUCUCCUAGUAAGACCUUUGGAAGAAAGCAUCUCCUGGAUGCAUCAGCCCAUUGUCUCUACCCACACCUGCUGUCCCCCUCCACAGACUGUUCUGUUGUUCCUCUCAACUGCCUUGCCCCUGUCCUGGCAUCCCACCAAAGCCAAGAGAAUGGAGUACUGUGGGCCCCACGCUACCUGAAACUCUCCUCAUCACUUUUACCCUCAGCAAAAAGUAAUCAAGCAUCUGCUCUAAACACUAAGGAUCCAGUACUGGAAAAAAAAAAUGGACAGAAGUCCCAGCAUUCAGGGGAGUUGUUCUAGGACUUGAAAACAGACUGCUGGCAAGAUAAGUAAGCAAAAUAUCUAGUAUGUGGAAGAUAACUGCUAUGGAGGAAAAGCAGUUAUAGAGGUGUGAUUUUAAAUCAAGGGCUACACAGCAAAGGCUACACUCUGUAAAGGAAGUGAGAAGGAAGCACGUGGGUAUCUGAGGAGGGCUUGCAGAGUGGGGGAGCUACAGCUCAUGCAAAGACCCUGAGGUCAAAUGUGCUGGUGUGAGGGCUGAGGAAGCAGUGUAGCUGGUGGAAGAGGGGGAGGGUUUAAGAGUUGAGGUCAUCUUCUGGUUUUUAUAGUUUCUUUUUUACAUUUAAAUCUCUGAGCCAUUUGAAACUUAUCCAAAUGGAUUCAGUUUAGUCUCAUUUUAAAUAUAUCUCAACAGCACUUAUGAAAAUUCUCAUUCAGAGCAGUGAUUGCCUCUGAAAGAAAGGUGGGUGGCAGAGAUCAACCAAGGAAGAGACAAACUUUCUAGAGCCAAAAAUGUAUACUGAAGGUACUGGGGUUUACACAGGUGUACAGGCUUGUCAGAACACACUGUACUCAUUAGAUCUGUGCAUUUCAGUGUGAAUUCUCUUCAAUUUGUUAAGUAAAACUUUGCCUACCUAAACUUUGUAAAGUAAAAUUUGAGAUACCACCUUUUCAUACACUAAGUUUCCAUGGUUACUUGGGCGUAUGUGGGUUCUCUCCGAACAUUUGUCUGCCUGUUCUCCUGCGCCAUCCCCACGGUGUUUUAAUUAUAAAGGCUGUGUAAUAUGUCUUCGUACCUGAAA